AGCCUUCGCUAUGUCAGAGGAUUUCAAAGAAAAACGCAGAAAACAAGCACAACCACAAAGGAAUUACGAUAUUGACAAUGAGCAGCACACAGUGGACAUGGACCUCUCAAUCAAUCCAGAUGCGGAUGGAAAGGAUAUUGAAAAGCUGACAUUCCAGACAAGACAUCAAAAUCAGUGUGGAAGCAAUGAACAUGGUGUUGAUAGAACAGAUAGGAAAUCAUGUGAACUAUGUGGGAAGGAAAACAGACGACAAAUAACUGAUAGCAACCCCCAUGAUGUAAAGAGCGAGAUAUCUUACUCAUAUUGUUCUUGCUCCAUCCCAUAUGAAGAGGAUGUGCAGAUCAAGAAAACAACAGAAAAAGACAGCCGAAAAUUUAAGUGUGCAGAAUGUGGGAAAGCGUUUAAGUUUAAACAUCACUUAAAAGAACACAUUCGAAUACAUAGUGGUGAGAAACCUUAUGAAUGUUCAAAAUGCAAAAGAAGAUUUUCUCAUUCUGGAUCCUAUAGCUCCCACCUUAACAACAGAAAGUGUUUUCCAAUUGACAAUGUAACGCCUGUGGACUCUUCACCAAUGCUGUCUCGCUCUUCACAUAAUAUGAAAAGAAAAGGUGAAAAACUAAAUGAUCAAUACAGCUCACCAGGCUUUCGUGAUCAAAGUGUUAGGAACUGGCUAAUUUACAGUCCUGUUUCUGGAUCCCUCACAAAGCCACACAUUGCUUGGCUCAACAGUGAUAGUAAUUGUCUCGAUGGAUCCACUGAUAGGUUGUCCAUUGACAUGAAACUGGGCACAUUGAAUAAAAAUUUGCAUGAGGCUCCAGAUCCUUGGUAUUUUGGCAGUGCCUGGUGCAGUAAUUUGCAACACAUUCAAGUAGAUGAUAAUGGAUGGUCAGGAAAUAAUGUAAAACAGUUUGCUACACCAUUCCCUGUCUGUUUACAGAGGCCUAGAGUGAUGACCAGUGACAUCCACUAUGCCAUGUAUCCACCAGAAGCAUUGGUUCUUGGGCAUCAGAGACAAGACUCCAUGAUAAAGAACAAUACUAUUUUGUCAACAAUGUUCCAAAGAGAGUUUCAUAAGGACAAUUUAAUGGAAUCAUUAGAGAAUGGUUCAGUUUGGAGUCCUGGUGUUUCACCCAGAAAAUGUUUAUUGACAAACUCACACAGUUCAGUAGAAAAGCAUCUGAAAGGCAAAAAUGCCAUUGGGAGAGACCAAUCUUUAUUGCCAACUCUUGCAAAUGUUCACGAAAUUGAAGAACAAGCUGGACUUUCAAGUGUUUGUGAUCGUAGCUGGCAAACAUUGCCAAAUCUCAGCAAACAUAUUUUCUCUCCAUGUAACACAAACCCACAAGUUCCACAAACUGAGCCUCUGGAUUUAUCAUUGCCAAAAUUAUGCAGGAGAUCGCCAACUCCAACAGCUUUUGACACAGGAUCUAUUAAGGAUGGCAAUUGCAAAUUUAAGAGGAGCAAGUCUGUGCAAUUAGAUACCAUUCCAUCAAUGAGAUGUAAUGAGCCACAAUCUGAAGCUGUAGAACUGUCAUGUAUUUUCCCCAGUGUGUUGCACAGCAUCAUCCAGAGUCACCACUCCAUUCAUCAUGCGAGCCACAAUUUUCAUGGAUUACCCCUUUACCCCCUUGUGAACUAUUUGUACGGAGAUAAAUACCCUGAGAUGACUAGCCUUAAAGAAGACAUCAUAUCUCCAGGAAGACUCUUUAAGAGUGCAUCUGAAGAGGAUGACAAGAGCAUAAUAAGAAGAAAGCUACAAAAGACAGAAAAUGGGUUAUAUGGCUGUGAUCAGUGCAAUAAAACAUUCCAGAAGAGCAGUUCCCUCUUACGUCACAAAUAUGAACAUACAGGAAGUCGGCCACAUCAGUGCACAGUCUGUCCAAAGGCAUUCAAGCAUAAGCAUCAUCUCAUUGAGCAUGUUCGACUCCACUCUGGCGAGAAACCUUAUUGUUGUGACAAGUGUGGCAAGAGGUUCUCUCACUCUGGAUCAUUUUCUCAGCACAUGAAUCAUCGAUAUUCCUAUUGCCGUAAGGAUCUUACUGAUCUCUCAGAAAACAGUCAAAUGGUUUGGGAGGAAAAUACCACCGAUGAUAAGAAUCAUUUAAACAUGCAGGCAAGUGAAGAACCAGAAGUCACUGGAGAACACUGACAGACUGUAUAACACCGGACAUCAUGAAUAAAGGGAACAAUGGUGAUAAACUGUGUAGUUCAAGAAAACUGUGGUACAAUUUUGUGAAUGUUUAAAACGAAGAUGUCUACACAUCAAUUGGUGCUAUAAAAGUCAAUGAAAUGAACAACGUCAUGGGCUUGUAGCAAGGUUUCAGAUGUUCUGCAAUUCCACUGUAACUUAUAUUGAAACUCUACAUAUUACAUAGCUAUAGUUUAUGGUAUUGUAUUAUAAUGGUGCCAUAUCUCUGGAGUAAAUUUAAAUUACGAUGGCAGAGGAAA